UCCUUCAAAUUAGAAAUGACAUCCUCUGAUGCUGGAGAAGCAGGAAACACUUUUCUUUUUAUUUGGUGACAAUUCCAAAUGAACAAACCAGGAGCCAUGUUUCCGUCUGCAGCACCAAACCCUCAGUGGAAGAGAUCCGGCUCUGGUCUCAGUCCUUCGACAAGCUGAUGAGGAACCCUGCGGGUCGAAACGUCUUCAGAGAGUUCCUGCGGACGGAGUACAGCGAGGAGAACAUGCUGUUCUGGUUGGCCUGUGAAGACCUCAAACAGGAAGUCAACAAGAGCUCCAUCGAGGAGAAAGCACGGUCCAUCUAUGAAGACUAUAUUUCCAUCCUGUCACCAAAAGAGGUGAGCCUGGAUGCCCGGGUUCGAGAGGUGAUCAUCAGGAAGAUGCAGGACCCGACACCUCACACGUUUGAAGACGCUCAGCUGCAGAUCUACACGCUGAUGCACAGGGACUCGUACCCGCGGUUCCUCUCCUCCAACAUCUACAAGUCGCUGAUUCACGGCAGCUCACGUACCUCGUCUGAAUCCUAGUCCCACGUGACCUCGGAUCCUUUCAGGACUGGUGUCAGAUCAUUUCACUCCUCCUGGUCCAGAACUUUACAAAAACCAUCAGACUCCUCAGUUCUUGGAAUCUCAGAUCUCUCCAACUACUGCCAAGAACUUUGUCUCUGUUUGUUCCUCUCACUUAUAUCCUGAACGUUUAGUCACCAAGAAGAUCCUAUCUCGUCUCCUCUCGUCUCCUCUCGUCUCCUCUCGUCUCCUCUCCUCUUCUCCUGCCUCCUUUCUUCUAUAUUUCAUCUGUUUUUUUACCCAGAGUCUCUUCUCUUGUGUCAGAUGGAAAUCAUGAACAUACUAAAAAUGGAAAAAGUGAAGGAAACAGUUAAAUUCAGUUCGAAAGGACAAAUCUGAAAAUCUUUACAUUUUCUGUUUUUUAGAUGUUGAUAUUUUCAAUAUCCAGUGAGGCUUUAAUGACAGAAUAUACAAACAUUUAGAUUUAAUGAACAGCUUGAUCCUCUCUGAAGGAUCAUAUUAAUAUGGAGGCAGAUAAAGAGCCAAGGAAGAUGGACAAUUGAAUAUAAAUGAAAAUAAGAACAAAUACACUCGAUCAGCUUUUAACCACUUCAGACAAACGAGUUCAAGUUUAUAAUACCUGACCCCUCAACACUCGGUUUAAUCUGCUUAUUAAUGAUUGUAGGGAGGACAUUUACAAAACGAUCCAGUUUAUAAAUCUGCUGCUUCAGUUUUCUUUUCAGAUUUAAAACUUAAUUAAUUAUGUGAACACAUUUGUCCAUCAUGAAAUCAGUUUCUGUGGUCUUUCUCUUUUGUUCUCCUCGUCUUCUCUCCUUCUCUUUCUUUGGGAUGUUUGUGCUGUAAUGUGGAGGUUUAACUUUGGGAAGGUUUUAUUUAUUUCACUGGGAGUAGAAUCCUUCUGUGGAUGUGCCUCUGCCCCUCAGGACUGGACGUUCGCUGUCAGAGCCGACUGAAGCGCCCUGACGCAUCAUCGCCUUGUUUUCAGUUGCCUCGACUUCACUUCAGGACUUGAUGGAAAGCAGAAGAACGAGAUGGAUGAUUUCUCGUUCGCUGUCUUUCCUCUUUCAGCUGGAACACACCAGCCACAAACUACGUCAGACGUAGUUUCUUCUUUUAGUCGUUCCUCCGCCCGUCUCUUGCUGGAUGAAUCCUGUGUAGGAUUGGAUCACGGAUGAUGUCACUUCCCUCCGACUACUGAUUUACAAACAGACAAGAAAUAUUUUUUUUAAGAGAAAACUCUUAACGGAACAUUUUGAUUAUGUUAAGUUUUUUUCCACUUAUCUCCAGGAGGAGGAUUCUGAGGCCGAUCACUGUCCUCAGUGACACCUCACACACACACCGACACACACACACACCGACACACACACACACCGACACACACACACACACAAAAACACACACUGCAAUAAAACACUGGAGUUUGUAACAAAACAACACAUGCACACAUUUACAACAUUUAUGUUACUAUACUUCCUAGAAACUUAUAAAUAUAAUUUCUUCCCAUUUGACCAAUGAAUCAUUUAACUGGAAAAAGUUUCCCUCAGAUUCAUCGUCUCAUGAUUCCUGAUAAUUUGAGAUGAUAUUCUUUUGCAUGUUUGGAUAUUCUUUCAUAAUCGACUGUGUUCCGUGUCAAAGCACCAGGACACGUCCCAUUAUUUAAAAUGUAGCUUGUAUUUUUCCAUGUUUUGAGCAAAACACCCUUUAAAUCUAAAUCUGAAUAUCAUUCAGGUUUUCUACAUUUCAUGCUUUUAUUUUGGAACUUUUUAGAGAUUUGAAGUCAGAGCUGCAACAUGACACUUCACCACUAGAGGUCACUGCAUUCUACACACUGAACCUUUAAUGUAUCACAAAAUAACUUGUGUUAAUAAGUUUUAAACUGAGUUGUCCUGAUAAGUAUAGUAACAGACACACACACACACACUGCUGCUGCUGACCUCUGCCUCUGUGACCUCUGACCUCACCACUGUCUGUCGCCCUCUCAGACGCCUGCUCCUGAUUGGCUGCAGGAGCCGCAGGGCUGAUGUGUGGUUGGUUGAUUCAGGAAUGGGGGGGGGGAUCAAGGUGAAAAAAUAAAUAUAUAUAUAUUAAUGACUAAUAAUACUAUACUAAUAAAGUAUCUAUAUAUAGAAAAAUAAGAUGCAUAUUAUUUGAGAUGGGAAGCCCACACCCAUUGCUUCAUGGGAAAUUUAGUUUGAGGAAAAAAAUGUUUGUUAUUGUCUGUGGAGGCAGAAACAAAGAUUAAAAAAGACCUGUCACUCAGAAUGCAGUUAUCUAAGUAUUGUUCAUGUUAUUUAUUUUAUAUUUUGUUAAAAAUGUGAUUUGAAUUGUACAUAAACAUAAAUGGAAACGUUGAACAUCCAA